UUUCAAUUGUACACACACUUCAUCCUUGUACAUACUCCAUCCAUUGGUAAUAAACCCUUCAGCACGCUUUUUCAGCUAGGCCAGUGGCCAGCAGUGGCAGCCAAAGCUUAAAUCAGGACCCAUGCGGGACCACGGUAAAUUCGCCAUUGUUCUCUUUCGAGGACACAAUUAAUAAGUACCCUCAAUCCACUUGGACUCGACUCGACUCAAUUCCCAAAAGCGGCAAUUGCAAGACGCGAUUUGAUGUCGAAGUCUAGAUUCGUGGGAACCAAAACCUGGGUGAAUUGAGUCAUGAUUUCGCUCACGUGUGAGGGAAAUUAAAGUAUCUAUUGUUCUCUUCGCUACCACACGGCGAGUUAUGUAUAUAUUAGCGAGUUAUUAGGACUUUUGCUUUCUUUCUCUCCUGUUUUCUGCCUCAAAUGACUUUGGUCUUGUCUCGGUCGGGAUCUUUAUCGUCUUUAUCAUCGUUAUCGACCAUCGCCACUCCAACCACAACGAGAACUUCGCCUCCACCACCACAUUCCUCCUUGCCCCCAGGAUGUACUUCCUCCGCCUCCGCCCCCGCCUCCAACCACACCCCUCGGCCCCUCCAAGAAGAAAAAACCGAGCCAUACUACGCUGACGACUCGUACAAAGACCCGCCUCCGCCGGCACACGUGCUCACUUCGGAGUUUGGAGUGAAGAUUAGAGAUUUCGCUCUCAGCUGUCGACGGGGCCGAAAGGGAGACGAAAAGGAAAGGCGAGGACUACGAGGGUUUGAGCCCCUCUAUCUACAUCGAUCCCAGCGCCACCUCCUUGUUGUUUCUUUUUUUUUCGUCUGCCACCUGUCGCUUUGUAUCAUGGCUAUGUUGUAUAUGGGGUUUCUAGGGAUGACGAGGGGUUGUUUCUUCUCUUGCAAUUGGGACUGGACUAUCUAUAUAUAUAUGUGUGUGUAUGUGAAUUCCACAAUUCCUUUGCUUCUGUUCCUGUAAAAUCUCUGUUUUUCCUUUUUCUUAUGUACCCUCCUUCUCUGUUGUUGUUCUCUCAAAAUGCUAUAUGCUAUAUCCUAUCAUUGAUGUGACAUUGAUUGAACGUCCAUUGGG